GGCACGUCCUGCCGCGCCGGAAGUGAAGGUGCGAGUUUGGCAGCGGGCUCUGAGCGGGUAAGGCGCGCGGAAACGCCAGCGCCGAGAAUCGGUGGGGCGGCUGGGGCCGCCGCAGCUGCGGCCGUUUGAAGGAAGCCUCUGGGACCCGAAGGGCGUUCGUCAGGCGCCCCUGCCCGAUGGCAGCAGUAGUUCUAGGGGGAGACACCAUGGGUCCUGAACGUAUCUUCCCCAAUCAGACUGAGGAACUCGGGCCACACCAGGGCCCUACAGAAGGCACUGGGGAUUGGAGCAGUGAGGAACCAGAGGAAGAGCAAGAGGAAACGGGGGCAGGACCAGCUGGCUACUCCUACCAGCCCCUGAACCAAGAUCCUGAACAAGAGGAGGUGGAGCUGGCACCAGUGGGGGAUGGAGAAGAUGUAGUUGCUGAUAUCCAGGAUCGGAUCCAGGCCCUGGGGCUUCAUUUGCCAGACCCACCAUUAGAAAGCGAGGAUGAAGAUGAGGAGGGAGCUAUAGCAUCGAGCAACCACAGCUCUAUUCCUAUGGACCCAGAACAUGUGGAGCUGGUGAAAAGGACGAUGGCUGGUGUAAGCCUACCUGCGCCAGGGGUUCCUGCCUGGGCUCGGGAGAUAUCAGAUGCCCAGUGGGAAGAUGUGGUACAGAAGGCCCUCCAAGCCCGGCAGGCUGCCCCUUCCUGGAAGUGAUCACCCUGAGAGGUGCCUUAUGUCCCUGCAUUCCAGGCCAGAACCAGCACAGGACUGAACACAUCCUGGUUGUAAUGUCCAUCUCCAUCCUCCCCAUCUCCCUUCCACGUCAAGGCAAAUCAGACUUCUUCUCAGAGACCCACUUUAUUCAGUUCUGUACAUAUGGGGACAACGGUCCAAGCCCAACCCACCUUAGCAUGUAUCACUCUGUGGGGAAUAAAGCACCCUAUGUACACAGCCAAAA